AUGCCAAACUCCCGCCCCCGACCUUGCUUCCCCGCUGGUCCCAUCCCGCCUCCUUCUGCAGGUCCCUCGAGCUCGUGCGCCCUUCCGUGCGUUGACCUUGCCUAUCCGGCGAGUGGUCUUCCCUCGCCCGUUCUUCCCGCCGCGUCCCGCGCCGAUGCUUCCUUGGCGACGGUGACCGCUCGUCUCUCCUUCCUCCACGCUGCCGACGGGCGUACGGCGACUGCCAUUCCUCAUCACGUGCUCCUUCCCGCUGCCUGCGCAGAUCUGGCAAGGGGGACCUGCCAUCACGCCAUCCUUCACGUCUCUGCUGCAGUUCGGGCGAGCGCUCCCCGCCGCCGCGCCACCCUUCGCGACGCGGAUGCGGACCUGGCGAGCGCUCCCCGCCGUGCCACCCUUCGCAUCGCGGAUGCGGAUUUGGCAAGCACUCCCCGCCACCGUGCCACCCUUCGCGUCGCAGAUGCGGAUCUGGCGAGCGCUCCCCGCCGCCGCGCCACCCUUCGCGUCGCGGAUGCGGAUCUGGCGAGCGCUCCCCGCCGCCGCGCCACCCUUCGCGUCGCGGAUGCGGAUCUGGCGAGCGCUCCCCGCCGCCGCACCACCCUUCGCGUCGCUGCUGCGGAUCGGGCGAGCGCGAUCCCUCGCCUCGCCUUGCUCCACGCUGCCAACGCUUUUCCGGCGUGCGCGACCGUUCAUCUCGUCCUCCUCCGCGUCGUCCUCGCUGCCCGGACAUGCGCGACUCCGUGUUCCGCUCUCCUCGGUCCUGCGAUCGCCGAUCGGGCGAGGGAUCUUCCUCCUGACGGUUGCAGCGUACCUCUCGCUGCUCCUUUUGCACGCCCUCUGGCCCAUCUCCUCGCCGACCACGAUGCCCUCCUGGCGGGGCUUGCGCGCGGUCGCUCUCUCCGCGUCGGCGGUACCCUUCUUCCGGCGAGGGAUGUGCCCUCGUGUCACGGCGAUAUCGACGAUCGCCUCCAGAUCCGUCGCGCGCAUCCGUCCGCCACGGAUCGCCUCUCGAGAUGGCGGAUCCCACCCCACCGGUUUCAUCCCCGGCCGAACCUCCUCCACGUCCAUCUGGCGCUUGGAGGACCCGAUCAGCGCGGAAAGCCGGCCUCCGCGGCGAUCGUUCCAGCGAGCGCUCGCACCGCGGCCGUUCCUCCUGCUCACGACGACUAUACUGCCUGCCCCAUCGCAGCUCACCGCUGCCUACACCUUUGCUUCUGUGCUGCUCCUGCUUUGCUUCCCAUCACCUUUCCUCCUAACCCUUCCUCCCUCGCCGAUCUGGUGAGUAACUCGCCCGCGCCCAAUCUUCCCCUCGCCCUUGGUGCUGCCAGCGCUUCUCAGGUGUCGGGGAUCGCGGAGCUCUCCUUCCCUCCUGCCCAUAACGAUUGUCUCGGUGACGCCACUCCUCCUCCCAUCUCCCUCUCUGUCCUCGCUGCAGAUCACGUUCUGGCGAGCGGUGCCCGCCUCCAUAUCUCUCUUCACGCUGCGGACGCUGAUCCAGCGAGCGAUGCUUGCUUCCCCUGCUCAUACCCCGUUCUUGGUGCCGAUCUGGCGAACUUGACUAGCCUCCCCACUUCCUCUCCUGAUGUUUGCGCAGAUCCGGCGAGCGUGGCCCACUUCCCGGCCUCCCGUCAUGCUGGCGAUACGAAUCUGGCGAACGCGACUCGCCUCCACGCCUUCCCUCAUGGCGCUGGCGCCGAUCCGGCGAGCGUGACCCGCCUCCCCGCGCUCCGUGAUGCUGCUGACGCGGAUCCGGCAAGCGUGACUCGCCUCCCCGCCUCCCGUUGCGAUUCCUCCACGGAUCCGGCGAGCGUGACUCGCCUCCCCGCUUCCCGCUGCGAUUCCUCCACGAAUCCGGCGAGCGUGACUCGCCUCCCCGCCUCCCGCUGCGAUUCCUGCACGGAUCCGGCGAACGCGAUCCGCCCUCCCGUCUCCCGCUGUGAUACCUCCCCGGAUCCGGCGAAUGCGAUCCACUUCCCCGUCUCCCGUCACGAUGUUGACGUGGCUCAGGCGAACGCGACCCGCCUCCCCGCCUUUCGUCAUGAUGCGAGCGCAGAUCUGGCGCGCGCGGACCGCUUCCCCGCUUUCCGUCAUUCUGCUGGCGCAGAUCUGGCGCGCGCGACGGGCCGUUGCCCUGCUCCCCGCCGUGCGCCUGCUGUCCAGAAACGUGCGCUUCCUUACGCGCGCUUCGUACGCCGCCAGUUCCGCCUGUCUCUUCCGCCUCGCCUGCCUUAG